AUGGGUCGACGCUUAAAUGCAUUGAAGGGAUAUUUGACUAGUUUAUUUAAGGGCAAAGGAGUUGUUAACAAUGACCAAUUUACCAUCACGAAUUCAUCGACUUCUCGACAACGAAAGAGCAACAAAUUAAAACUUCCGUCAGAUGUACUCAUUGAAAUAUUUUCACACCUAGAAGAUGAUUACAAGACAUUACAAUCUUGCGUUUUAGUUGAUAGAAUCUGGUGUGAAAAUUCGGUUCCUUCAUUAUGGUCUCAACCUUUUAAAGAUUUAACACCAUCGACCAUAAUAGAUGUUUAUUUAAAUUGCCUCACGGAACUUGAAAAAUCUUAUCUUGUUGAAAAUGACAUUAUUGGAAUUUCUAAUCGCAGACGAGUUCCGGUAUUUGACUAUGUCUCCUUUUUACGUCAUCUUAGCAUGGGAAGUCUUUAUAGCAUAGUUCAAAGAUGGACAGAUCGUACCCAAACAAAAUAUUCUGCCUCCCCGAAACGCCGUCGGUCGAGCAUUCGAUCCCUCUCCCUUGAUUGGGGUAAUAAAGAAAUCUGGAAAGCAUAUCCUCUGUUGCUUUAUUCCGCCGGGAUUGAUACGUACCUUGCUCAAUUGAGAAGAUUGUCCAUUCAUUAUAUAACCGAUUGGUCAAUUUUUGGAUAUUUAUCGAAAUAUGCAAAGAAUAUUGAAACUUUAGAGGUUGUAGAUUACUCCUUUAAUCAAGCUCCGCAUCCCGAAGAUGAGCAGAAUUUAGCAUCUUUAAUUAGCAUUCAAAAUAAUUUGAGACGGUUAGCGGCUUGUAUAAAUUUAGAAGAAUUGGUAAUCAAAAAUUGCUCAUUCGCAACGGAUGAGAUCCUCGCACCUUUGAUGUGUGCAACUUUUCCAUCACUCUGUAAAAUACAUAUCGUAGAAUCUACUUAUAGUUGGGAUAAUGUGGUGGUUUCCUUAAUACAAAACAAUCCAACACAUUUGGAAGAGGUCUAUUAUAAACCCGUUGAUAAUCAACAACAUCAUACCAUAUCACCUACAAUCAUUGAAGCGGUGGCUCACAAUUGUCCAAAGAUCAUCAGGUUGGGAGUUCCGAUUGCCAAGGUACAAAUAAAUCAUUUGGUUGAUAUCUUAACCUCAUCCGAGUGUAAAUUAAAAAGUUUGAGCAUAUUCCGGAUGGAUCGUAUCUCGUGGGAUGACGAGGCUCUUUGGAGGGAUUUGGGUGGUCUGAUGCCCGUCACCCUACGUCACCUGAAUAUUUGGAUAUACAUAGGUGAUAAUCCGAUGCAAUUAUUUUUACAAAAUACCACCGCCCCUCUUGAGACAUUAUACGUCCGCUGGUGGACUCAUUAUUUGGGUUAUGAUUGUCAUCUGGUUGGUUCAUAUUUGAAAGAUAAACCUGUAAAAAUUUCGGAAUUCUUGCGUCAUGUUAUCUAG